UUAUUUUUUACUCAAUAUUUAUUUUACUAUUCCUUCUAUUUCGCAUUUCUUUUCAAGAUAAAACUGUAUAAAGUUGGUAACCUAAUAACUUGUUUGUUUUUUCAUUUCGCAGCUUAUCUUUCAGAAAUUAUAGCACGAGGACACACAGUUGUUGAGUUUGGUCAGGAUGCUUCAUUCUCUUGUACGCUGUCAGACGCGUCUGGCGUCAAACAAGUCACCUGGCAGCGGGUGCGAGACCAGGAACCGAUACAAACUCUGGCUACAUUCAGCGAGUUCUUCAAGCAACAAGUGGAUGAUCAAUAUGUCGGAAAAGUCACUUUCACCGCGGCUUCAGUUAAUUCAACGUCCAUUGAGAUCAAAAACGCAACAUUUGAAGAUGAGGCUUGCUACAUUUGUUCCUUCAAAGUGUAUCCAUUCCAAACUAAACGACAAACUUUGUGCCUCGCUGUUAAAGGUAUUUCAGAAAUAACAGCAUCAGUGAAUCCUGCACUCAGUUCUGAUCCAGAUGUUGUAGUCUCAUGUUCAGCCACUGGUAAACCGACUCCAACUAUCCACUGGAAAUCUGCAGAGAAAGAGCUGGACAACUUUUCGAGUAAUUUUACAACUCUCAACAAAGACAGCUCAACCACCAUCACAAGCGACCUCACGCUUCCACUGUCACAGUUUCAUGGGGAGUACGUGGAAUGUGUGGCCCAGAGUGACAGCAUGGAGAAGAGCAGCCAAAUCAGUUUGCCUAAAGUACAUUAUAAAGGUAACAGGUUCAACAUGGACGCCGGCCUUGAAUAGAAUCACAUUGUAAAAAAUGUGCAGUUGUUACUUUCUACCUAAUGCAGUCAGGUUGAUUCAG